AUGCGUAUUCUAAUACUACUUUUGGUGAUCGCUUGUGUGUGCAUUAUUGGCACAAGAGGUGAUGUGGAGCAAUUACUAGCGAGACUACGACAUCCAUUACCACAGCCUGGAUUACUUGACGAUUUGAAAUUACGCUUGCGUCGACUUGAAUUGAAAGGCGAGCUAUCCAAACUUAAGAUAGAAUGCGAACUUCAUGAUCUCAAAGAACGGCUUACGCCGAGUCAAUUUGUGCAACUUCAAAAGGAUCUUGAUGAAGCACUCGUCAACGAUGUAUGGGCUCGGCGAUUUUUCCGUGGCCAUGGACAAGAGCAACAACUAUGCUGCCAAGAUGAAUACUGGCGAGUUCCAUUUCUCAGUGUUGAGCAAAACAAGGCUGUUGCUAAUACGUUACGCAAGGCCGUGUUACGUGUGCAAGAUAUUGGGACACCCAGUUGGCGUGCUCGUGUUCGUCAAGAAUUGAUGGAACAUCAUGGUAUCAAGGAGGCGGAUCGUGUAUUGGAUGCAUUGGAAGAAAAAUUGCAAGAAUACAAGCAAGUCUUUAAGGACUAUGCACCGUCACCAGGUGUAUGGACGUUCACCAUUGAUCCCCAUGCAUGGCGUGUAUGGGUAGAAACACGUGUACGUACAUGGACUUCAUGUGCAUGGCAUUGGUGGCAGCGUCAAUUUGAUACGGGCACGGUGAUCAGUGACCAAGCAACUUCCGAGUAUGCUGUAGUGGCGGCUCAAUCCCGAUCAGCCGAAUUGGCGGUGCAUUCAUUAAACCAAGCUGCUGAUAAAGCCGUCGACAAGUUCAACAAAAAGACCGAUCAGUGGCGUGCGUCGUUUGCCAAGUUUUGGUACGAGCAAGAGGAAAAUGCAAUGCGUCAAAUUGGAUACACCGAAAAAGAAAUUGAGUGGUUGUAUGAUUAUCUCGAACGUAAUUUCAAGAAUCAAGCAGAUCUCGCUCGCUACAAUGUCGAUAGUGCUCUGCAUACCAUUCGUCGCCAAUUACAUCAAUCACGAAUUCACUCGGCCACUCAAAUCGAACGUCAAAUCACAAGACUCCAAGAAUUACUCGAACGUUGGAAGCAUUGUUUGCCCGCUGAUCCUUCUCAACCACAACAACAUUUUACAUGUCAUCCCAUCGUAUAA